AGUCAACCAAAAAAGCGAGUACUUUCGAGGAGCUGCUUUCUGCAUUUUCGUCGCAAAGCCAUACAAAAGAACACAGCUCGUCAAUAUGGGAGUUAUGCCGUCUUUAUUCCUCUCUUGCUUCCUGCUUGGGAUAUUGGCCACAACAGGCAAUGGUCAACUGGCCAGUGGACAAGGCAUCCUCUCUACUGUAGGAGUAGGAAACGUUGGUAGCGGCUCGCUGUCCGGAGUCCCGAACCUCAACGAUGCCCUCGCUAGUAUCCUUGGACCUCUUUUGGGUGGCAACUCUACCAACGGAGGAGGGAACAGCCUCAUCGGAGGCCUGAGUAAUAUCUUGGACAGUCUUGGAAAAGUGUCGCUCAAUGCACUACUUCAAGGUAUUUUGAAUGGAGAUCUUUCUACACUUCAGGAAUUAAUUGGUCCUAUAGUACUACUCCUACAAGGCCUACCUAUAGUUGGCCCACUCAUAAUGCUCCUAUCGCAAGUAUUGAAUAUUCCACUAACUCUUGUCGCAAGUAUAGUCGCUUUAUUACUCGAGCUCUUGAUAGUUCUCUUGAACGUAACGAGACCCUUGAGUGGUUGAUAAGUAUCUUACAAAUUACCGUUCGUAUAAUUUCAUUUGAAUAUGCAUAUUCAUAUAUUAUACAUAUUACAAUAAAAUGUGCAUUUUGAAAAAUAAAAUUCUACCUCAAAAGUGAAAAA